GUCAUUUCCGCCUGCGACGUUACCUAGGAGUCCAGCGGCGCCCGGGCCAGCAGCGAUUGGAAUUUCAAAUGCCUUGGAAAGAGGAAUCAGAAUUUACAAAGCAGGAUAAGGCUGCCAGAGUCAUUCAGCAGGCCUGGAAAAGUUUCCUUAAUGUCGCUAUAUUUCAACACUUUAAAAGUCUGAUUGAUUUAAGAAGACAAGGAGAACCACGUCAGAUAGUGAAAUAUAUUAAUCCCAAAGAGGCAGAGCUUCUAGAUGCUGCUGCUGGCAUUCAUGUGCGAUUCAGAUUAGGUGGAGUUAAAUUUCCACCUGAUAUAUACUAUAAGAUUUUUACUCACAGACCUAUUGAAGAUCUGUGUGCUAACAGCCCUAGAAAUUAUGCAAAACUUCCAGCAAAGCGUACAUCUCAUAAUAAAAAUGAUCAUCUUCAGGAAGAGGAUCAUAGUGGCUGGUAUCAUCGUAUAGAAAACAAUGGCUGGAGGCCAGUUUCUGAUACAUUUUGGCUAUCUACUGACGGUAUGGUGGUGGAAGACAAAAAGGAAAGUGAAUUCCAUUUCGCUAAACUGAAGAGAAGGCAAGAUUUGGAAAAGAAAAGAAAACUUAGAAAAAUAGAGUGGAUGAGGCAAAUGUACUACUCAGGAAGUCUGGAGGCUAAGUCAACACAUCAUGAAACUCUAGGACUAAUUCACACUGCAACAAAGGGGCUGAUUAGAGCUUUUGAAGAUGGGGGGAUAGAUUCUGUGAUGGAAUGGGAAGUGGAUGAAGUGCUGAACUGGACAAAUACACUGAACUUUGAUGAGUACAUUGCCAGCUGGAAGGAAAUUGCUACAAGCAACUCUUCGGCUAACUUCAAAGGAUUCAGGUUUAAUCAAGCACAGAAAAACAUAUAUAACUAUGGAGGAGACAUAUCAAAGAUGCGAAUGGGAAUACCAGAUGAUACUUACUAUGAAAAUGUUUAUCAAGAACCAAAUAGACACAAAAAAAAUGGAGAAAAGCCUGGUUCUAGAAAAUAAUGCAUUUCUACUCUACAAAUCUUCCUCAUUUGUUUACUUACAUUAUUGAGGACUUCAUGAAAUCCUAGGCCUCCCAUCAUCUUGGUCCCCAUUCUAGCAGCCAAUUGGUACAUAAGAGGCAAAAAUUUAUAUGUUGGAAUCUUCAUUCCGUCUCUCUACCAUUAAAAAAAAGACACA